AUGGAAUCAUAUCAAACUAAAUUUCUCGACUCUGCUUUAGAAUCCUCAACUCUCAAGUUCGGAUCGUUCACCUUGAAGUCAGGUAGACAGUCUCCUUACUUCUUUAAUUUAGGAUUUUUCAGCACUGGUAAGCUUGUUUCCGAUUUAGCAACUUCGUACGCUCAAGCUAUUAUUAAAGCCGGACUUAAGUUUGAUAUCAUUUUUGGACCUGCUUACAAGGGGAUUCCACUCUGCGCUAUCACCGUUGCUAAGUUAGCUGAGUUAGACCCAGAAAACUAUGGUCAUAUCGGUUACUCUUUCAACAGAAAGGAAAAGAAGGACCAUGGUGAAGGUGGGUCUAUUGUUGGUAGCGCUUUAGAGGGAAAGAAGGUCUUGAUCAUCGACGACGUUAUGACCGCUGGUACAGCCAUCAACGAAGCGUUUGAAAUCAUCUCUCAAGAGAAGGGUGAGACUGUCGGUUGUAUUAUUGCUUUAGAUAGACAAGAAACCACCAAAGAUUCUGAAAAAUCAGCAACCCAGGCAGUGUCCCAAAGAUACGGAAUUCCUGUUAUCUCUAUUGUCACUUUAUCUGACAUUAUUGCUCACUUGAGCGACAAGGUUACUCCAGAGCAAUUGGCCAGUAUCAAGGAGUAUAGAGCUACUUAUGCUCCUAAAUAG